AGAGGUUCACGUGACUAAACUUCUGCAUAAAUUAAUUCGCUAUCGGGAUAGGAUUAUUUGAUAAAGUGCGCUACCAAAAUUGCCCCAAGCACCUUCGACGAGUUGUGUGUGAAAGGACGCUCUUAGUCGUGUUAGAAACUGUCUGUUGGAAAACAGACUCAAGCAGUUAUGUCACAGCCCGAGAACAACACAGAAGAAAACAUGUCUACUGAAGAUUUGCAGACCCCAGGAACUGAUCCUGAGUCCGACAACUUCAGUGAGAAUGGCGAAGACAAUGAGUUGAGUGCUGAAAAACUCGAUCCUGCCGAUAGGGAAUUAUAUGAAAAAUUGAAGCAACAAGAAAGAGAGGAAAGGGAAGAAAUUGAAAGAGAACUAAAAGCUCAUGAAGAAGCAUUAUCGAGACACCAGGAGGAGCUCCGAGCACGAGAAAAAGAACUUCGUUUGGCUCAGGAACGCAUGAGACAGCGAGAGCAGGACAUUCGUACCAAACAUACUGAUGAUUUUCGAGUAGUACACCCUCAUCACAGUCUUCAUCACCCCCACCCGGCCCACGCCUCGUCCCCACGGGACAUCAAACUGGAAACCCACUCCAUACGUGCACAGAAUCACAGUCCCUUCACAGCCCAGACCUCCCCCGAUAGAUUCCCACGGAACACCCAGCCUCCCUCAGUUGGAGGGAUGCACACCCCUCCCGAUGUGGGUGAGGGUCGAACCCAUCACUGGACCUUCGAAGAGCAGUUCAAACAGGUCAGUGCGCUUUAUGAACUCAGUGAUGACCCAAAGAGAAAAGAAUUUCUAGAUGACUUGUUUGCCUUUAUGCAGAAGCGAGGGACCCCUGUGAAUCGGAUUCCCAUCAUGGCCAAGCAGACCCUGGACCUGUAUGAGUUGUUCCGCCUGGUGGUGUCCAAGGGCGGCCUCGUGGAGGUCAUCAACAAGAAACUGUGGCGGGAGAUCACCAAGGGCCUCAACCUCCCAUCCUCCAUCACCAGUGCAGCAUUCACACUUAGAACACAGUAUAUGAAGUACCUCUAUCCCUACGAAUGUGAGAAGCUGAAACUGAGUUCCCCACAGGAACUACAGGCAGCUAUUGACGGUAACCGCCGGGAAGGGCGUCGCUCCAGCUAUGGGUAUGACCUGUCCCCCGGGCCCACGUUGGUCCCCACGAGCCAUCAUCUCAACGGCACUCUACUUAACGGCAAACUCGGAGGUGGAUCUCCGGGCAAACUCUGGCCCGACAUGGACAAUGAUGAUGACAGCCUCCCUCCAACCCCCCAGCAUUUUCCGCAUGGCCGUGGUUUGACAGAGCGUGAUGCUAUCGCCAUGGAGGUGGCAACGCGGGCGAUGGAAGAAGCUACCCGCAAGAUGGAGGCGGCAUCACGCACCACGCCCAUCGAAGAAGGUCCCCCACGUAAACGCAUGCUGUCAGAGGAAGAGAGAAUACUGGCCCAUGCUGGUAUGCCCAGUGCUCAUCUCAAGAUCACAAGUCGAAUCUGUAUUUCAGAUGAUGGUCGCUCGGAAAUCGACAACUCUCUGGUCGUCAGCAUGGAGAUCAACGGCAUCAUGUAUCAGGGUGUUCUCUUCGCACAGCAUCCACGCCGAAUCUGAGUGUAACUGUGACCAGGUGUGUGUAUAGACAAGACAAUCAGGAGCUGUGUGCACGCUGGACGAUGGCAACGGCGGCAUAAUAUCGGAGGCCACAUCACUGGUCUCUGAAGGUAGCAGGCGAGGCGCACACGUUCCCACCCCCAGGCCGAGCAGGGCGAGGGGGUCAGGAAAACGGGACAGUAUGACAUUACCAAGCCUUACUGCCUCAGCACUGAAGGAUUCAGGAUGGAUAUCUGCAUGUCUCCAUGAUUGACAAUCCUCUGGUGGGUCAUACGGCUAGCUCAGAGAUGGAACAAUACAUAAGUUAUGCAGACUGAAUUUUGCAAUCAGAUACAUUGUAUGUUCAUUUUAUGUGAGGACAAUUGAUGAGCCUUUACGAGGCUGUCUAGUAAAAAAAUUGUGUCGAAUGGGUGAGGUCAUGGUUCCAGAAGGUCAAGGUCACAAGACAAUGCCACGCCUACCAAGGGAGGACUGACUGACGGAAUCGGCCUGUCAUGACAAUCAUAUUGAGAUUAGUGCAGCACUCUUCACUUGUUUGAUUCUCAUUCUGACAAUCAUUGUACGCAGGGUAUGAUAAGGAAUUGGUUCAGUAUAGAACAAUACUAGUACAUUCAGAUUUAGUUUGCUGAUACUUAGCUAGGUUUGUUAAGGUUACAGAGAGUAACAGGUGAAGUGUGCUUGCCAGUGUACAGUGACAACCCCACAACAUGUGCCCGCAUCUGUUAUAUGUGUUCAGAUUCCAAGAUUUUAUGGCUUACUAGAACCAAUGUUAUUGAUGGAACAGGUAGGGCAUAUGCGGAAACAAUGGUGUGCAUUUUGCACAUUCUACGAGGGCAUGUGUAGUAGGGGUUUUCAGAGAUUAUUAUUAUCAAUAUUCUGUAUCAGAAUCUGUCAUAUGAGAUAUCACUUUUUAUUGUUGCGUCUGUCAUAAGUCAUUCACAGAGAUUGAAAUGUCUCAUUUGUUGUACCAUUGUGAGAUUUUAACGAGAAGACUAGAACCUUAACUCUCAUUUAAUCACUGGAAAGCCGAAAGAAAGAGAUUUGGGGUAUAAAUCCAGAAAUUGUUGGGUCCAUGUUUUUUCAAGGUACACAGAUAGUUGCCCAUGUACGUUGUGCUGUAAUGGGCACUAGACCAUGGCUAUGUGAGACACACACUGAGCAUAUUGUCUUGUUGUAUGUGUAGAGGAGGACAGGAAGAAGCUUCAUGUCACUGCUAUGCCAGCUUCUGCAGGAAUUAACAUUCUCAUCAUGGUCAUCAGACGUUGCUAAUCAGGUGGAAAUUUUCUGAAAUUUUCACUUCAAUAUCACUAAAUCUUUUAACCUAUAUGAUACAGGCACAAUCUAUAACAAUUGUUGCUGAUACAGGCAGAAUUUGUAACAAUUGUGUUGCCAAUACAGUACAAUAUGUUACAAUUGUUGCUGAUACAGGCACAAUCUGUAACAAUUUUGUUGCCAAUACAGCACAAUCUGUAACAAUUUUUGCUAAUACAGUACAAUCUGUAACAAUUGUUGCUAAUACAGGCACAAUCUGUAACAAUUGGUGCUGAUACAGGCACAAUCUGUACCAAUUGUGUUGCCAAUACAGCACAAUCUGUAACAAUUGUUGCCGAUACAGCACAAUCUGUAACAAUUGUUGCCAAUACAGCUAAAUCUGUAACAAUUUUGUUGCCAAUACAGCACAAUCUGUAUUAAUUGUUGCUAAUACAGGCACAAUCUGUAACAAUUGUGUUGCUGAUACAGGCACAAUCUGUAACAAUUGUUGCCGAUACAGGCACAAUCUGUAACAAUUGUGUUGCUGAUACAGGCACAAUCUGUAACAAUUGUUACUGAUACAGGCACAAUCUAUAACAACUGUGUUGCCAAUACAGCAAAGUCUGUAGUAAUUGUUGCUGAUACAUCACAAUCUAUAACAAUUGUUACUGAUACAGGCACAAUCUGUAACAAUUGUGUUGCCAAUACAGUACAAUCUGUAACAAUUGUUUGCUGAUACAGGCACAAUCUGUAACAAAUGUUGCUGAUACAGGCACAAUCUGUAACAAUUGUGUUGCCAAUACAGUACAAUCUGUAACAAUUGUGUUGCCAAUACAGUACAAUCUGUAACAAUUGUGUUGCCAAUACAGUACAAUCUGUAACAAUUGUGUUGCCAAUACAGUACAAUCUGUAACAAUUGUUUGCUGAUACAGGCACAAUCUGUAACAACUGUGUUGCCAAUACAGCACAAUCUGUAACAAUUGUUGCUGAUACAGGCACAAUCUGUAACAAUUGUUGCUGAUACAGCAGGACCUAGUUUCUCGAAUCUUUGUAGUGUUUACAAAUACUUGGAGCUUCAGGGAGGUAGGGCCACAGGUACGACAUCUACACGUUGGUUACUCGUGUAUGUGACCCAUAUUCUCUUUUUCAUUUAUAUUAAUCAACUCCUGACUUCAAGAAAUAACUAAUCAUACAGUUAAAAGCAUCACAAGCAAUUAAGCAUUUGUGGUAAUGGGUAUAGACUUGUAGCAAUUAAAAGGUGGUCAUGCUCCCAGUGCGAGAUGUUCUAAGGAAAAGAUUGAUUGUUUUUGCAUUGUUCAAGUUAAGAAGUAACACAUCAAAAGAGCAUUUAUAAUUACUGCUGAUCUCCAACUUGUGGAAUAUUAAUGAGAUAAAUUGCUUGCUAUCUUUGAAGCAGAAAGCUGGUACACAUGAUGGAGAUCAACUUUAGUGGAUACAUUGUCUCCAGCAAAAUGAGCUAUUAGAUGGAAGAGGUUAUAGCGUGCGUUAGUACUCUUUUUUUUAAAAAAACAAACUGUUUGUCUGAAAAGUUUGGAAAAUAUGCAUUUAGUAGGGAUGCUGAAUAUUGCUAUAUCAUUCAUUUGUAAUACUGCAAAUUCAUAAACAUUUUUCUGCAUUUCCUCCUUCAAUGCCUACCUCACAAUAAAGGUCUUGUAACUUAAUUUGAAUUUUUCACUAGCUACUUACUACCUGUUCAAAUUUUACAAGAAUCCUUUUGUGAAUCUGAAUUUGAUAACCCUAAAAUGUAUUUGUACUUGUUUACAUAUGAUUAAUUUUGUAUGGGGUAUUGAUUAAAGUGAAACAAUUAACCCAACAUUUUGCCAUGGUGAGGUAUAUGAAGUAUUAUUGUGAAAGUUCUGUGACCUCUAUUGUUGACUAAACACAUUUGGUGUAGUUGAUAAGUGAUAGGCCAUUAGCUAAGGUUAGCAGGGACACAUUCUGGUGCAAAGAAUCUCAUUAGGCUCAGAUAAUACAUGCAUGGAAAAUUUAAGUACAUCGACUUUAGAAACAUAUCAUUCCCUGAGAAGGAUGCAUUGUAGCAUGCAUCACAGAGUCUAUUACAUGAGAAAUUAGUUACUGAUCAAUGUGCAAUGUCAUGGGUAUCGAGAGCUUAUCCUGAAGGUAUAGUGUGUAAAAAAGAUGACUUUGUAUCUUGGCAUCUAUGGCAUUGGACAAUUAUGUCCUGUUUAUCAGCGGUCCAACCAUCAAAAGCGUUCAUCAAUUAUGUUUAGUUAGGAUAUUUCAAAUUUGAUGACAGAGAUCCUCAUUGAGUAGCUGGCCCAUGGGCCUCAUUCAGAGUUGCUGUCAAGCAUUGAUGUACAAUUCCUACACUGUAACAACAGAAUUCGCAGAAUGACAAUACAUAUCUAUGUUUGGGGCUGAUGGUUGAAACAGCUCAGUCCUCAACGUGGAUACACAUCACCAAGUUCAUAAAACACAUUGUUCAUUGUCACAAGAUUUACAGUCAUUACACCAAGUUGGCCCCCAAAAUAAACCAUUGUGGCAAGCUGUGGCAAGCUCUUGUUGUAGAUUGUGUCUGGUACAGGUACAGAACUCGAUACCUCAAUUACAUGGACCAUUGGAGCUUUAUGUGCAAGCUGCAGUCUGUUUCUUGUUUUCUUUUGACACAAGAUUUUGUUGUUAUUUGUAAAUGUUGAUGUUAAUAUUUGUGCCUCUUUCUAUGCUCUUAAGCUACUUCUCAGGGAUGACCACACUAUUGGUUCUAUGCUGCGUGAAAUCCUCUGACUCUCCCUUCUGUAGACUUCCCUGAGGCCGAGAGAAUAUGCCACGUGGUAGACUUUCAGACAUAAAUGAUUACCACUAAUAUUUUCUUCUGGUAGCUUCUCCUCCAUAUCUUUUUAUUACAUAGAAAUACCAAAAUAUGUUGUAAAUGAAUUUUCAGUUCAAGGUCCAGAUUGGCUGCAGUAAAUACACUAUACUCCCCUCCUUGAGUCUGUUCAGACUAAACAAUAUACCAUUCUUCUCAGAUAGGCCCAGGGCCCAUGUAUAUUAAUCUGACAGACACUUUGAGAAAGGCUUAUUCUUGGAUAUUCUAGGCACAUUUUAAACCACUCAAGGCUUUAGACAAAUAGUGGACAUGUACCCUUGAGGUAACACUAUUGACAAAACUUAAAAAACUGAACAUACAAUGUUAUGUUUGUUGUUUUGGAUGCCUGUGUAGCAACAAUCAGAAUGUGUACAAAUUAUGUAUUUUGACUCAAACACUAUUAUUGUCAUAGUAUUUAUGGUAUGUAUAUGAAUAUUUUCUUGUUGACUCCAAUAAGAAAUCCACGUUGCACGCCCAAGAUGUAUGGAAUCCAAGAAGCACCAUGCUGUUGUGGCCAUGGUGCUCAUGUCAAGAGGAGUCCUAGAUUGUUGUCAUGGCUACUUGACUAAAGUCUGUCUGAUAAUUUCAGAACCGACAUUUUACAGAUUUCCUCAAAAAUUAUGUUCAUAAUAAUUACAAUAUUUGCAUGUUACAUUGGUAUAUAUAUAUAUAUAUGUACAUUGUAGGAUUUCAGAGUGUCAUCCAGAAAUGUUUUGUCUGUUCAGAUGAUGCAGUCAUACCCUUGUGAUGCACACAUGUUUUUUGAGAAAAUCGUCAACAUGUGUUGGCCUUGAAUUAUCAGUCAGACGAGUAGUUUUUUUGUUAAACUGGAUACUUGUUCUUGUGGUAUGAAUGUAGGAUGAUGCAUUGUCCUUGUUUUAUGCAUUACAUUCAGUCAUGAUGCAUUCAGAGUUGGAGGAACUUCAUAUCAGUAAUGUAUAUGAAUGUGUAUAUUUACAAAGUUUCAAUAACUCAUUGUUUGACAAUCACUGGAAAUAAAUGCUUAGCAUUUACCUUUAUGGUAGAUACUCAAAAAGUGCAAUAAGAUAUUUCCUUCACAAUAAAUCCCCUAAAUUAAGACCAGACAAUCAGAUGUUUUAUUUCAAUGUGAAAUUGGAACAAAAGACGUUCCCUCAAUGAAUGUCAAUGGUCAAUCGUUUCUUUUCUUUUAUACACCAAGGUUAAUCAACUAAGCUUGUCUUAAUCCAUCACCCAUCCCUGUACAUAAACAUAGACAUAAACCCAUUCCCUAAUAUAAUCUCCAAAUUUAUUUCAAUUUUUCAAUUUAUUGAUAGAUAUUUUAUCAGAUGUUUAUUUUCAUUCUAUCUGCUUAUAAUAUUUGAUAAGAAGAUAUGUACUGAGAUUAUUUAUUUACACCUGACUACCAUUCUAACAAAUGUGUUGGAGCCAUAUUCAUAAGAAUUAGGCUUUUGAGUUUGCCAGCUAUCAUAAGUGCUUCAGAAUCACCUCUAUCACCAGUGACAUACCCAAAGUUAGGAUGAAGCAAUAUGUGAUACUCAAAUGCUUUAAGAAUUGAAGUUGUACUGUAGACAGCAGUCAGUACCAUACAUGAAAAUACUCGAUAUGGAAGUGAGAUUGGAUAUGCUGUAUGUUUUCUCUUGGUUUUAUAUGGGCAGAUAUUUAUGUGUCAUGAUAGUUGUAUGUAGUUUUGUGGAAGAUAGUACAGUCUUGCAUUCAUUAUACAUAGCUGUUUGCCAGCUCUAUUGUCUAUGUUGUUGAUAUUUUUAUUACUUCUCAUAUGAAAACUGUCAUGUGGCCACUCGUCAUUAUCAUUGUAAAUUAAAACACUGCCAAACUUAACACUUCAUCAAUUAGAAAAGAUUAAACCAUUUGUCAGAUUCAAUCACUGUCGUUGUCUUUGCAAACCUUUUAGCCAUAGCUAUUAUGUUCCAAGGCUAAACCAACCAAAUUGUCAUGGAGCACCUAUUAAGCCAAGUUAGAAUAUUAUCCUGGAGUUGGUUACAAAAGUGCGUAGAGGUCCACAGGUAUAUCUUACACAACAGACUAUCAUAGGAGAGCUUCAUAUCAGGCUGAAUAAAAGCAUUUGUUUCAUGAAAGAAAUUCAUAAAGAUGUAAAAAUUGUUUCUCAUCAUCAUACCGGCUGCAUUAUGUCAGUACCCAAAAAUAUAUAUGAUUUCAAAAAUAUCAAAAAAGCCUUGCUAAAGAAAUAUUAACUGUCCUUGUCUUAAUCUUUCUGCCAUGGUUGCUAACCAGUCUUUGUCCUACUGAGAUAAAAAAAAAGCAGGUGAUCUAGUAAUUUUUACGAAAAUCUUCUGAUGAGAAACAACUUUUUAAUAGCCUAAGUCAGUGACUUUAGAACAGUGACACAGGAAGGCGACAUGAUUUUAAAAGAGUGGUUAAAGUCUCCUACCUGUUUAUAUUUUUAAGUUUCAAAGUUAGAGUGAAAACAGAAUGCGAUCUUUUAAAGGUGUUUUCCUGAUAAGCAGGGCCUGAGAAACCAAUGAUAUUAUUACUUUAGUUUUCUUAUCUUUAAUACCAUAACCUAUGAUUGAAAUAUACCUCUCAGGGGACAUGUGCAAACCAAAGAUUAUGAAAGCUGUUGAAGCAGCCUUUAUACUGAAGUGAAAUGUCAAAAAGCUUUAUUUCAUACGGUCAAUUUAACCUUAUGACGAACUAUCAAACCAUUGUGAUGUUGUUUCAUUUCAGUCUGUUUAAACUUUGUUCUCCAGCUAACCUCAUUUCCUCAUAUUGGAUUCAAAUUGAUGACCAUCUCAACAUCUUUAUGAGGACCUUGUGAAACCUGUAGCUCCUUCUGUUUGUUAACUGUCAGCUUAGUUUUUGAGACCAAACUUGAACAUGAUUUAAACUAUUUGUUUGCAGAAUUUAUUUUCUUCCCAUCUAUCCAUAAAUCACAUUUUUUAUUAGAUAUAUCUAACAGUAAAGACACUACUGCAGUUUUCCUUACUCUGUGUGUAUUUCAUUUUUAGUUUCUGAUUUGUCAGUUUUAUGUCAGUUUGACUUACUUGCCUGUGUCCUCUGUCAACUUGUAUAUUGUACUAUAGACAUGUCUUGUACAUUUCUCCACUUUCUCAGCUGUCUGUCAUCUUCAUGUCCAUGCUUAUCUAUUCAGCUCACAGAUUUAAAUCAUGUAUGUAUAUUUCUUUUUUUCAUUAUUGAAAUUUGACCCAAUUUAUAUUAUUUGCCAGUAUUUAAAUAAAAACAAAAACAUUUGAAAAUAUUGAAACUCC